AGUCCAACCCCUCGCUUUACCACGACGGAGGCGUCGGCCCUGACGUGUCGCGGCCUCACGGGGCCUCAGUCCGCGACUACUCCGAGAGUCCCAGGCGCGGAGUCUCCGGGCCUGGAAGAGGGGUGGCCCGAGGGGCGAGAUGCAAGCGGGGAAGCCCAUCCUCUACUCCUAUUUCCGGAGCUCCUGCUCAUGGAGAGUUCGAAUCGCUCUGGCCUUGAAAAGCAUAGACUACGAGACCAUACCUACCAACCUCAUAAAGGAUGGGGGACAGCAGUUCUCUAAAGAAUUCCAGGCACUGAAUCCCAUGAAACAGGUGCCAGUCCUGAAGAUAGAUGGAAUCACCAUUGGCCAGUCACUGGCCAUCAUUGAGUACCUGGAGGAGACACGGCCCACGCCCCGACUCCUGCCUCAGGACCCGAAGAAGAGGGCCUAUGUGCACAUGAUUUCCAAUCUCAUCGUCAGUGGCAUCCAACCUCUGCAGAACCUGUCUGUCCUGAAACAACUGAGACAGGAGAACAGUCUGCCCUGGGCCCAGAAAGCCAUCAGUUCUGGCUUCGAAGCUCUGGAGCAGAUCCUGCAGGGCACAGCAGGGAAAUACUGUGUGGGAGACGAGGUGACCAUGGCUGAUCUCUGCUUAGUGCCUCAGGUGGCAAACGCUGAAAGGUUCGAGGUGGAUCUCACUCCCUAUCCUGCCAUCAGCCGCAUCAACAAGACGCUGCUGGCCUUGGAGGCUUUCCAAGUGUCUCACCCCUGCCGGCAGCCAGACACCCCUCCUGAGCUGAGGGCCUAGCUCUCUAACUGUGCCUUGUGGGCGAGGGGGCAGGGAGGGGGUGCAGGAGCAGAAGCCGGGGGUGGGGGGGGUGGGGGGGUUGGCGAACAGGCCUGGAACCAAGCGAGUCCACCCUGGAGGAGCAGGAGGCUUACACUUGAACUUGGACUCUAGCCUUGGAUCUGCCUUCCCACUGAACAUCUUUGUGCCUCAGUUACCUGUCAAAUGUGGGGAGAGGAUGCUGGGAUGGAGAGAGGGAGGGAGGACUGCAGGAAUGUUACCUGUCAUUUGUUUGUGGGGGCGGUUGUGAAGAUGCGGUGAGAACACAGGCUUAAAAUGCCUGGCAGGUUCACCCGAGAGGUAAGGGAGCCUGCGCACCUCUUCCCCUCCCUGCAGCUGUGCCUGACUCCCAAGGAUGCCCACGCUGAGAUUUGAUCAUUAAACUGAAGCCCCAGCCUCUGGCUUGUUCGGUUAAGGCUGA